GAAUGACAAUACACUUGUCAAAAUGAUGCCAUGCAUUGUUGCAACCUUUUUGUACAGAAGCACCCUGUACAGUAGCUAACUUUCCUAACCUCAAAAUUAAUUUCUGUAACUAAAUAACUUUAAAGAGUAAUGAACGAAUUCUUUGCAGAAAAUAAUGUGUGCGGACAAACGAUAUUGCAGCUCGUUUCGAGAGGAAACGCUGUCAUUGCUGAACUUCUCCGAUUAAAAGAUUACAUUCCGACAACGUUCAAACUAGAAACGAAACAAGAUGUUCAGAAGUACGGCGAAAUUAUACUGGAUUUCAGUUACCUAAAAUUCGCAGAAGUGCAGGAAAAUAAGAUCGAAUCCAAUGAGGCACUGAGAGACUUGGACGAGGAGUUCCGUGACAAUCACAUAGAGAUAAUCAACCGAUUUUAUUUGGCAUUUGAAAGUAUUCACACUUACGUUACCGAUUUGAAUCGUUUCCUGGAAGAGUUGGAGGAUGGAUUUUACAUUCAUCAAUCGCUUGAAACUAUCUUUGCUGAUGUUGAGGGCCGACAGGUUAUGUGCGAGGCUCUAUACCUGUACGGCGUCAUGUUGCUCAUCGUCGAUACCCACAUCGAAGGGAUAAUAAGAGAGAGGCUGCUGAUAUCGUACUACCGUUACACACCGCAGCGGCAAGAUGGUAAAACGCACAUCGACGAAGUGUGCAAGCUGUUACGGGACACGGGCGUCAACUCGGCCAAACGUCCUAACAAUUAUCCCGAAGAUUAUUUCAGACGCAUCCCGAUCAACUCCAUGUUCAUCGACGUGGUGAUCGGAAGAUUGCGAUCGGACGACAUUUACAACCAGCUCUCGCUCUAUCCGCUCUCCAAACAUCGAAGCACGGCGCUCGCGACGCAGGCCUCGAUGCUUUACGUCUGCCUCUUCUUCUCCCCGACGAUCCUCCACAACCAAACCUCGAUAAUGAGGGAGAUCGUCGACAAGUACUUCCCCGACAAUUGGGUGAUAUCGCUCUACAUGGGCUUUACGAUUAAUCUGGUCGACUCGUGGGAAUUUUUUAAGGCGGCGAAGAUGGCCCUGAAUAACACCCUGGAGAGCGUCAACGUGAAAAGUUACGGUGUCUCUUACGGUUCGACGAUCGUUACUCUUCUGGAGAGAACCUCGAAACUGCUCAAGGAAGGAAACCUAACGAGCGAGAACGUCAUCAACGAUAUCAACAGCAUCACCAGCGUUCUUCGCGAGUGCAACGCGACGAUACGCUGGUUAAUGCUCCACACCGCCUCGAAAAACGACAGAAAUAAGCGAACGAAGGUGCUACGCGAAAUGGUCGUGGCCGAAUCGAAAUCGUCCCCCGAUCAGUUAUUCAAGUUGCUUUUAAACACGGCGCAGCUGGAGUUGGUGACGAAGGAAAUUGUCAAGGACCUACUGUCUGAGAAAGACAAUAAGUGGGAUAGCUUGAAAGAGGAGGGCCACAACCAUCUCGUCGAGCUUUCGGAAGUGUUCGGCGGAAUUAAACUGCUGACGCGCAUCGAAAAGAACGCCAAUCUGCAGAGGUGGUUCGUCGAGAUUUCGAAGGAGAUCAAGUCCCUGGAUCAAAACGACAGUAAUUCGGGUCGAAAGAUCGUGCAGCUCAUUCAGGCGUUGGAAGAGGUUCAGGAGUUUCACCAGCUGGACAAGCACAUGCACGUCGUGCAGUGUUUAACCGAGACGCGCCGCUUUCUGCACUCGAUGAUUAAGAAUAUGAACGUGAAGGAGGAGAUGCUGGCGAUGCUUCAGGUUAUUGGCGAUAUCAGUUACGGUUGGGAGCUGAUCGACUCGUAUACCGGCAUCAUGCAGCUCGGUAUCAAAAGGGAGCCGAUGCUUUGCAUCAAGUUGCGCGCGAUUUUCCUGAAGUUGGCCUCCGCGCUCGAAAUUCCCUUGUUGCGCAUUAAUCAGGCGCACAGCGAAGAUCUCAUAUCCGUCUCACAGUAUUACAGUAGCGAGUUGGAGAUUUACGCGCGCAAAGUUUUGCAAAUCAUUCCGGAGAUGAUGUUCGAGAAUAUGGCUCGAAUCAUCGAGAUACAGACGUCGGUUUUGAAGGAGCUGCCGACGAGGUUGGAAAAGGACAAGCUUAAGGAGUACGCGCAGCUGAAUGAACGUUUUGAGUUCGCCGAACUGACCCAUUCUGUUUCGGUUUACAGUGAAGGUAUGCGGAUGAUGAAAAGCACCUUAGUCGGUGUAGUGUGCUUAGAUCCAAAGCAGCUUCUAGAAGACGGCAUCCGCAAGGAAUUAGUACGGCACAUUUCUAAAGCGCUACAUAACGCGCUCAUUUUCAGUCCCCGCCUCAAGUUGGACGAGCUAGAUCAGCGGUUACGGAAUCUCGCUUGCAUCAUGGACGGCUACAAGCGAUCCUUCGAGUACAUUCAGGAUUACGUCAAUAUUAACGGGCUGAAAAUUUGGCAAGAGGAGGUGACCCGCAUCAUCAAUUACAACGUCGAGCAAGAAUGCAACGGCUUUUUGAGGAAUAAAGUGCACGCGUGGGAGAGCGCCUAUCAAAGUCGGUACGUUCCGAUCCCCCACUACCCCCCGACCGAUCUGAGCAGCGUCAACUUCAUCGGGCGUCUGGCGCGAGAGCUGAUCCGAUUGACCGAUCCGAGGCAGUCGAUCUACUUGGAGCAGACGUCGACGUGGUACGACGCGAAGACGCACAAGUCGAUUUUAAACAAACAGGAGUUUCAACUAAUCGCCUCCGCGCUGGAAAUAAUCGGAUUGGUGGGGUUAGAUAAGUUGUACUCCUUCAUGAUCGUUACAAAUUUACAAAAAAUCGUCGCAAUUUUGGAAAACAAGGAGAAGAAAAACAGCUCGUGGGGUAAUAUUAUUACAAGCAUUUCGAACGAGCUGACCUCGUUGGAUAGCAUUCCCAAUCUGUAUAAGUUUUUGCACAACUGCGUCAAUCGCACUACGAAGUUGUGGCCGAACGUGCUCGAUCUCGUUCUUAGCGUAGGACAACUGCAACUGUUACGUAAUUUAAUCGCGUUCCAAUUGAAUAAGUCGUGUAAAUUCGAUGCCAAAGAUUUAGAGUCAUCUUUAAGUCUAUUAAAUAGAGCGCUGUUAAACGAGUUACGUUUAAACGAGGAAUCGUCCGAGGUGAGCGAAAACGUUCUGCUAACCCUCUCGCCGUACUUCGACUGGAUGGGAAUGAACAAUCCGUUACACAAGAUCUACAUAACGACGAAACCGAGCAAGGAAUUCCCUACCAUUUUGUUCAUCUUCGUAAUCGCCCACCUUCAGAAGAUAUUCGUCUUUAAAAGCACUGCUAACCUGCCGAAGAAAAAUUUCGAAUUAUUCGACGGGCUCCCUGUGAUAGUCGCCGUUCACACCGUACUGAAACAGUUUCAUCCCAGUCUAAACGAGGCGUUCAUUCGUCACAUGGCCAAGUUUGUGAUGAUACUCACGAAGCAAGCAGUGAGUGGGAAAAAUGGCGAAGUUCCAAACGAAGCUAUAUUGGGAAUUAAAUUUUUGGAAGUAUAUGCGACGUUUUUGAAAAGCUCGCACGAUUUCCUUUUGAAGUAUUUGCCCGAAGAGAUCAUGCACGUUCAUCAUAUGAUCGCAAAUCCGAAUAUUUAAAUUUUUAUACGAUUAUAAUUAAAUUAAAUAAAUAGCGAGAGGUUCCACCCUGUAUGUAUAACCGACAUUUUUGAAAGCUGGAAACCACACGAGACGCAUUUUAUGGUGACAAAGUCAUUUAUAAACCAAAGAGGAUGUAAAAUAAAGUAUGCCGACUGGACCUCCCUGUAUCCGUAUGUUAACAAGUACGGUAAAUAUCCGUUUGGUGACCCCGCCGUUCACAUUGGAGAUGAAUGUAGCGUAAGUCGUCGAAGAACAUUACACAUUACCACCACAGUGGACACUAUCAACAUUGACUGGUAAAAAAUGAAGUUAAAAACUGCAUAUAAACAUAUGUGUCUGUCUGAAAAUCCUUCAUUUUAAAGCGCACUGAACUCAAAACCCGAAAAAUAACGUCACACACAUCCUAAUUUUUUAAUGUAAAUUGUACAAUACAAGGUAAUUUAUUAAAGUUUAUCACUCAA